AUGCCUAAGAAGGGUGGCAAGAAGAAGAACAAGGGCGGCGCCAAGGGCCCCGUCGCCGCUGCUGUCGACAAGGUCGCCGAUACUGCAAAGGAUAUUGUUCAUCCCGACCACAAGGCCGAGAAGGCCGAGACCACCACCGCACAGACUGAUGCGCCUACUACCGCGUCGCAGACUGACGCUGCCGCCGACGUGAAGACUGAUGAGGCUGUUGCGCCCGCCACCACCACCGCCACUGAAUCCGAAUCCAAGGCCAAAGACGACGUUGAGAAGAAGGCCGAGGAGAAGGUUGCGCCCGCCGCUGUCGCCGAGAAGGUCGAGGAGCCUAAAGCCGAGAAGAUCGAUGCUCUGAAGACUGAAGCCGAGGAGAAAGCAGUCCUCCCCGAGAGCACCGUCAAGGAGACUUCCCUUGGCGCAGAGAUCUACCCCUCCACCAGCGAAGCCGUCGCCGAGGAGUCGGCCACUUCCACCGCUGCCGCGACCGGCGCCGCUGCCCCCAUCCCCAGCUCGACCGAGCGCCCCAAGACCGCCGAGUCGGCCACCGUCGUCGCGGCCGAGCCCGCUCCCGCCGCCAUCCCCUCGGAGACCGAUGCCGCCCACAAGCGCCCGUACGAGAAGCCAAUCUUCUCUAACGACGAGGUGAAGCCGCACAAGAUCGCCAAGACCGAGGAGGAGAAGCAGGCAGCCGCCAGCGCCGCGGCUGAGAAGCAGAACCUGGUCGGUGCUGGUCCCGCCUCCACUGCCGCUUACACUGCUCCUGAGCCCGUGCCCGUCCCCGAGACCAAGAAGGUCGAGGACAAGCCCGUUGAGAAGCAGGUCGAGGCUGAGAAGCCCAAGGUCGAGAAGCCCGCUCCCAUCCAGCCCCCUGCUACCCAGGCGCCUGUCACCAAGUCUUCCACGGCCACUGACAAGCAGCCCGCCUCGCCCGACGCGGUCGCCGCUGCUAAUGCUGCUAUCAACACCUCCAAGGCUGACAAGUCUGCCGCGCCCGCUCCGGUCGUCGCCGAGGAGCUGAAGAAGCCUGAGGCUGCUUUCAAGCGCGGCGAGGAGCCCGCUACCGAGGCACCCAAGACUGAGGCCAAGGAGUCUGCUCAAGAACCCGCCAAGGUGAACGAGGAGACCAAGGCCGACCAGGCUGCUGAGCAGCAGCAACCCGAGAAGAAGAAGGGUGGUUUCUUUGGCUGGUUGAAGCGGAAGUUCAAGUAG